UUCCCUGACUGGUUACAUUGUAGCUUCUGGCAGAUCAGGAAAUGUUGACAUUUGUUGGCAGGGAGGUGGUGAGAGCCAUCCGCAGCUACAGCGCCAUGGCAGCCGGCAGAGGACUCGUCUUCAGGCAGCUGUUUGAGCCGGCCAGCUGUACCUACACCUACCUGCUUGCUGAUGCCAACACCAAAGAGGCCGUUCUGAUCGACCCCGUGCUGGAGACGGCCAAUCGCGAUGCAAAGCUGGUGAAAGAUCUGGGCCUGAAGAUGAUCUUUGCAGCUAACACUCACUGCCAUGCGGAUCAUAUUACUGGGACGGGGGUGCUGAAGAAGUUGUUACCCGGGUGUAAGAGCGUCAUCUCUAAGGACAGUGGGGCCCUGGCAGACAUCCACAUACAGGAGGGAGACACCAUUAAAUUUGGCAAAUAUUCUCUGGAGGCGCGGUCCACCCCCGGACACACAGACGGCUGCCUGACGUACGUGCUAAAUGAUAAAAGCAUGGCCUUCACCGGCGAUGCCCUGCUCAUCAGAGGCUGUGGGCGCACUGACUUCCAGCAGGGCUGCCCCAGCACCCUGUAUCAUUCCGUCCACAGCAAGAUCUUAAGCCUGCCUGACAGCUGCUCCCUGUACCCCGCGCAUGAUUACACGGGUCAGACUGUGACCACCGUGGAGGAGGAGAAGCGUCUGAACCCUCGAAUGACCAAGAGUGAAGCAGAGUUUGUGAACAUCAUGAAUAAUCUGAACCUGCCAAAGCCUAAGCAGAUCGAUAUCGCAGUUCCAGCAAACUUGAAAUGCGGCAUUCAGGAUGACUGAUGACAUCAUCGCUCCAACGCCAGUCAAAUCUGUUUCGAAGUUUCUUGACUUGCCUUAAAGAAUCACAAGUUUUAGAUAUAUUUUUUUAAUUCUAUGACAUGAUUGUGCUCGUCGUGUGCAGCUGAGAUAUCGGAGGGAUGUAUACCACACCAUAGAUGUAUAUAUGUAUACUUGCAUACCGCCCUUUUAUGUACAGUAUAUAUGUAUUCUGCACCAUCAAUCUGUGUAUAUACAGUAUGUAUACUGCACCGCUGAUGUAUGUAUACUGCACCACUGAUGUAUGUAUACUGCACCGCUGAUGUAUGUAUACUGCACCGCUGAUGUAUGUAUACUGCACCACUGAUGUAUGU